AUGGUCCCCGACGGCGGGAUCCUGCAGAGGGUGCCCGUCAAUGCGGUGCAGCCCGCGGCGCAGGUCGCGGCGGUAGUCUGUCUGGUCUUGCUGUUGGGGAAAGAUCUAUGGAAUCUUCGCGCAGGAUCUGGCUCGUGCGGGUGCGUGGCCAACUUGAAGGAAUUCGUGCGCACGCUCGCGAGAGUUCUCCGCGUCAACUGUGCCAGAGACCACGACGUGUCCUCGAAGCGGGCACAGAGCAAGCGCAUGGCCAUAGGCCUUCUGGUCUGCCAGUAUGCCAAAUGGCCCCUGAUGACCAUUCCCUUUUCGAGGUUGGAUGAUGAAGGGAACUUUUUCCUGUUGCAUUACACAGCUUUCUUCAUAUACGCAUCUUUCGUGUCAAUUGCUCCCAGUCGGCACGGACGUCGGGUACAGCAUGCAGGGUACUCGGUGUUCAUGAUAUCGUAUUGCUUGGGGCUAUCACCGCUAGUGAUUACUUCUGGGUAUAAUCCAGAGUGGUACAUACGGCGGGCGUUGUGGGUUUCGGGGACGUUUACGUGCUAUGACAUUUUCUUACCCCUCAAUAUUCUUGGGAAUUGUAUGAUCUGGGGGUCCCUUCUACUAACGGCACACGUUCACGGCUCUGGAGCGUGCAACAACGAAGAUACCAUGGGAACUAUUAUGGCAUGUUUUUUAGGCAUUUCCGCGUGGACAAUUCUGUGUAACGUUAUUUUCAUUCAGGGGGUGUUUGGCGAGAUGCAGACGUUGACAGCCAAGAGCGAGCUAAAGGCUGCAAAUUCUAUUCUCCAGGGCACGUGUGACGCUGUGAUAGUACUAGACCAGGAGCUGAAGGUCACUCAUGGCGAGCAGUCCCUUGCGAACAUGCUGAUGAUGACCCCAUCAAAGGUCCAGGGCGAGAGCGUAUUGACCCUGAUCGCCGAGGAGGAACGCGAAAGAUUUGCCGGGAUGGUGCGUGACGCCCGAUCCAGCGCGAUGCCGGGGCCUUGCACCGCUUUCAACACCUCCCUGAAGGACAGCGCCGCGAUCCCGUGCCGAGCCGAGGCGAUGUGCGUGAAGUACCUGCAGGCCGACGGCGGGAACGAGUCGUUCCUGAUCGGCUUCCGAGAAGCGCCCGAUCUGCCCGCGAUGCCCUUCCCGACAAAGUUCCCGAGCCCCGCCCCGCGGAGCGGACGCCCUCGCCCCCGGCAGCCGCCCGCCGCGCGGCUCGCCGAGGCCCCGUCGCGGCCCCUGGGCUCUUCCCGGGGCGAGGGCGACCUUGCUGCCAAGGACAGCUUCCCGGAUGGGGCCAGCUCUUCUACGGAUCAGAGCAGCGACAGCGACGGCACAGGCACUCGAACAGGAUGUCGGCCACCCGUCGUGUGGUUCGACCCCGGCUCGAUCGAGUUUACGCUGGUCAAGAGCAGCGCCGAGUUCAGGAUGCUCACCGGCUUCACCAAGGAGGAGAUGGCAGACUUGGGAGGUGUUCUGACGUGGGUGCGCAAGGAGCAGAGGGACGAUUUCGCAAAGUGGGUGCGCGACUUCGCCGACAGCAACCAGAACAGGGUGAGCCGACAUUGCGACGCUGUUGCAGGAGUCAAGUUCUGUAUCGAGUGCGAGAAGCACAGGGCCCAGUUCGAGGCGGAGGUGCAUUUGGAGACUGGUUGGUCGGAUGCCGAUUCCAAGACCUUCAAACUUGUGGUCCACGGUUUUCGAGCCAAGGAGAAAACGCAGGGGAAGACCAGGAGAAUUGAAAGGACAAAUGAUGAUUAUUCUGGUUCCGACGGGACUUCAUCGCAUCAGGGCGACAGGAGCGUGCGCGGGCGGCGCGAGCGCGACUUCGUGGUUCACGACUCACUGCUUGAGGUGAUGUGCGACGUCGGGGAGGGCGAUAAUGAUGAUGACCCAUUGAUGAUCACGAGGUCCAUCAGCCCAGGUCUCCAGUUGCUUCUCGGCACGGCCGAAACAGGGCAGGAUGUGUGCUACCUGUUCUCCACGGCGGAGAAGGACCACGUCGAAACUUGGUUGCACGAUGCGUAUAUCAGGCGGUCAGACGGUGGUCAGACUUCCGCCGCAAGCAGCCUCUGGUGCUUUAUAGCAGUGCCGGCUCUGGAAAUAUUAGGCGUCGCCCUUGAGGUCAAUUUGACAGUUAAGUUCUCACGCGCAGACACCGGCAUGUGCCUGGUUGUGCAGAGGCUGCGCUGGUCGCCCCUCAAGAGGCGGGCCAAGGCCCGCGUGCGCAGUGUGCCGAGGGCCGACGGCACGCCGGCGAGGCUGCUUUCGGCGAGGCUCUCAGCGGCGGGCGACGGCCUGGCGAGCUUAUGA